AUGUUGUUAGUUGAUGCACUUAAAAAUAUCGAAUUGCAACUUAAAGAUGUUCGUCGUUCAGAAGAAAAUAUCGAUGUUCAUCAUUCAGAAAAAGAUAUCGAAUCUUUACUUGAAGGUAUUUAUCAUUUAGAAGAGGAUCUCGAAUUUCUACGUAAAAAGAAUUGUCAAUUAUUUAGAAAAUGGUCCAAUCUCAACAAAAAAAUAUAUGUCAAAGAUCAUGAUAUUCGAGAAGAAUUUGAAGAUUUAAAACAUUUUUAUUUAUUUAGAGAGCACAUUAUUAUUAAUGGAGGCCUCCAUUGUAUUAAUGGG